GUGCCAAAGCAACCCCGCUCGCCCAGGCGCGUAGCCUCACAGGGGACCGCCACGGCUCCAUCUUCUCCUGUGCCAGCUUUCUGGGGACGAUUUUGGAAAAGAUGGGGGUGUGCAGCAAGCUGGCCUUCACUCGCUACGUGCGCUCCGGGAGGAAGCCGAAGCCGGACCCGCGGCUCUGGCAGGGAGACGCGCGGUUCGGCCGGGUGCCGGUGAGGGUCUACCGUCCCUGCGGACCAUCUGCCGGCCUGAGGCCGGGCGCCAUCUUCUUCCACGGCGGCGGCUGGGUGUACUGCAGCAUCGAUUCCUACGAAACGAUCUGCCGUUACAUUGCCAGAGAAAGCGGGUUGGUGGUUGUGUCUGUGGGGUAUCGUUUAGCUCCUGAACACAAAUAUCCUGCUGCCUAUGAAGACUGUCUUAAUGCUACCAUACACUUUAUGAACAAUGCAGAGUACUACGGAGUGGAUCCUGCCCGUAUAAUUACCUGUGGGGACAGUGCUGGGGGCAAUCUAGCAGCUGCUGUUAGCCAGACCCUUGCAGGUAGAUCAGACCUCCCCAAACUGCGUGCUCAGAUCUUGAUCUACCCAGGCCUUCAGGUACUGGACUUCAAUUUACCAUCCUAUCAGCAGAAUCGAGGAGUUCCUCUCUUAUUCCGAGAACGUGCCGCUUUCUUUGCUUUGCAGUACCUAAACGGGGAUGCAUCUAAUGUGGAAGAGGUCUUGGAGGGCUCUCAUAUCCCUCCAGAUAUGAGGCUGAAGUACAGGAAGUGGGUGAGCCCAGAUAACAUCCCCGAAAAAUUUAAGGUCAGGGGCUACAAACCACACAAGCCCCAUGAAUUCAAGGCUGAAGUUUAUGAGACAGUGAAAAGGUUCUGUGAGCCCAACCUCUGCCCGCUGUUGGCUGAAGAUGCUGUUGUUCACCAGCUGCCAGAGUCUUUCAUCCUGACGUGUGAGUACGACGUGCUGAGGGACGAUGGCUUGCUUUACAAGAAGAGAUUGGAGGACAACGGUGUUCCAGUGACCUGGUACCACCUCGAGGACGGAUUCCAUGGAGUCAUAAGCUUAUUUGAUUAUUACGGCUUCAGAUUUUCAGCUGGGAAAAGGGGGUUGGACAGUGUUGUUAAAUUCAUAAAAGGCCUGUAGAAACAACUUUCCUUCUUUAUGCUUCUCCCACUAAUGUUGAGACUCCUGAACUUCAGUUAGUACUUGUCAGCAAAAAUGUGAUACCCUUUGAUAUGUAAAAUACCAAUUUUGAUAUUCGUUAACUUCAAAUACUGUUUGAACACUGGUCUUUGUCCUCCUGAGACUAUUGACAGUUCAGCCUUUACAGUUUUAAUAUUUUCCGCAUGCUGUGUUUCAAUCACUUUUCCUUCAAAUCAGCCUCUGAUUGAUUCCUUGUAUUUAAUUACUGGCUAAUUUUUUUCUAUGUAAAUGUCUGUGGAAUGAUUUGGAUUAAAUGAAUCCUGCAAAUUACA